UCACCGGCCGGACUGUCAAACCGCGUGCAGCUGCUCCUCCAGCCCUGACCAUGCGCGCGCUCCUCUCCCUGACGCUGCUGCCGCUGCUGGUGCUGGUGCACGCCGGCGUCCACGCGCUGCACGUGUUCGACCAGCCGGGUCUGUUCAGCACGCGGAGCCAGUGCAAGCCCAUCCCGCCCGCGCUGCACCUGUGCCACGAGAUCGAGUACGCGGAGAUGCGCCUGCCCAACCUGCUGGGGCACGAGGCCAUGAGCGAGGUGCUGCAGCAGGCCGCCUCCUGGGUGCCGCUCGUGCAGAAGCGCUGCCACCCGGACACGCGCAAGUUCCUGUGCUCGCUCUUCGCGCCCGUCUGCCUGCCCGACGUGGACGAGCCCAUCCGGCCGUGCCGCUCGCUCUGCGAGGCCGUGCGGCACGGGUGCGCGCCCGUCAUGGCCGCUUUCGGCUUCCCGUGGCCGGAGAUGCUGCGGUGCUCGCGCUUUCCGCCCGAUGACGACCUGUGCAUCCCCGCGGGGGACAACGGAGAGCGCGCGACCGCGGCGAACGAGACAGUACCAAAGGUCUGCGAUGCCUGCAAAGAGAAGAUUGAAGACGACAGUGAGAUGGUGGACAGCCUUUGCAAGAACGAUUUUGCUCUGAAGAUUAAGGUGAAGGAGAUUACCUACAUGAACGGCGACACCAAGAUCGUCCCGGAGACCAAGAGCAAGACCAUAUACAAGCUGAACGGCGUCACCGAGCGAGACCUGAGGAAGACGGCGCUGCUGCUAAAGGACGGACUGCAGUGCUCGUGUGAGGAGAUGAACGACAUCAACUCCGCCUACCUGGUGAUGGGCCAGAAGCAGGACGGGAACCUGGUCAUCACGUCGCUGAAGCGCUGGCAGAAGGGCCAGAGAGAGUUCAAGCGGAUCUCCCGCAGCAUCCGCAAGAUGCAGUGCUGAGGACGGACGCUGUGGUUCUCCGGGAUAUCUCCAGAAACCUCAGCGCUUGGCCUCGCCACUGCAGAACAUGACUAAUAAAGCGUUGGUCUGCAUUUAAAAACACAGAUUAAGGUUAAGUGUGGGCUGCGAGGGAUUUGUCAACAAGGGCACAUUUUAGAGCCAUGUGGCUUUUUUCUGGGCAGAGGUAGACGUAGCUUAGCUUUUGCCCAGAAACAUACCUCAUGGUUUUUGAAAUAUUGUCCCAAAAACACAGUGUUGUAGAGUUUAGCUAAUGUACCACAUUUCUGUCUUCUAGGCUUCUAACAGCAUCAUUAUCACUUUCCCACAGUAGACUGACUCAGAUUGUCCCACUACCAUACUAAACCAUAUGUCUCAACAGUAACUAAAAAUGCCAAAAAUGGUUCCAAUCAUCAUAGAUCCCUAAAGAACCUUCCCAGUGGACAGCUCUUUAAACAUACUUGUAAAUGAGAUAAAAAAAGCCAUUGUAAAGAACCUAUAUAAUAUUUAUAACAGUAUAAAUAAAGGUUUUACAGCAGUUACAGGCUUUCCAAGAACGUUUUACAGACUGGUUACAAACAUCCCCUGCUGUCAUAAAGGUGUUAUACCUUCUUUUUUGGUGCAACUAACUAUAUAUAUAUAAAUGUGUUAAAGGUUUGAGAGGUGUGCUAGUGAAGAACCAAUCAGUGGAUUUCGCUUUAAUUGGAAAAAAAAAAAAAAUUAGAUGUAACAAGUGUUAAAACAAAAUGUCCAAAUAACUCUGCCCUUUUUAUUGAUGUGUGAAUUGUUGAACUUUAAAGUUCAGCGCUGUGAGUUGCACGGAAAGUGUCAGCAAAAAAAACAUACAUUAGCAGAGAACCUUAACUUUAUGUGAAGCUUCUUUAAGCCUAGUGUGCAAAAAUGGUUUUCUAAAGAACCAGAAACUGAACCAGCAGUGGUUUAAGGGUUCUUCCUAAAACCUUAUAUAUUGGUACUCUUUAAACCUACACAGUUCUUCAUACAAUUAUGAAAGUUUAUUUAAAGAACCAGCUGUAGUUUAUGGGUUCUUUCCAAAUUUCCUCCAAUUCUUCAAAUUUUAAGAUCUAAGUUCUUCAUCCUUGCAUAUCUCAUUUACAGCAUUGUUUACCCUGAAAUCUUUACAUUAAAUGGGUAAACUUGAAACCUUUAAACCAAAAACGGUGCUAUAAAGAACCAUUCAUUGAAAGGUCUUUAAGAAACCAACUGUAGUUUAAGGGUUCCUCCCUUUACAUGAUAUGAAAUUUCUUUAAACAGAUCUUUAAAAAAACAUCUCCAUUAAAAGGAUCCUAUCUUAAUUUAACAAAGUUUAAGGGUUCUUACCAGAUAUUCCCAAGCCGUGGAGGUUCUUUAGACCUGAAGAAGGUUCUAUAUAUUCAGAGGUUUACAAAAAAAGAUUAUUACUGGAUCCACAUUACAUGGUAAUCUCAUUUACACAAAUAUUUCUCUAGAAAAAAAAAACAUCCUCCUAAAAGGGUUUUAGCAAACCAAAUUAGUUUAAGGAUUCUUCCUGGAACCUUUAUAAUACAUCGCAGUUCUUUAAACUCUAAACAAUUCUUUACACUUAUAUUACAUUCAUAAAAAGGUUCUCCAUAUAACGUUUCUUUAGGUAACCUACAGUAUUUUAGGGGUUCUUCACAAAUAUUUCUGAGAUGUGGAGCUUCUUUAAACAUUUAGGCAGUAAAUGUACUUUGUGUGCUGAAAGAGGUUCCUUGAGGUAUGUUGAGGAGUGCACAGUUGAAGGUGCUCCAGGUCGGUUCUGCGUGGUCUGCAUGGUUUGUUUGGAGGAGCAUUAAUGAGCGUGUUUUUGCGAGUGUGCUUUUUUAUAAAUCCUUUUUAUCGGCGCAGUGAGAGAUAGCUGGCUAUAUUCUCAGUGUUUAAACCAUGUAAGUGUGACUUUGAGAGUUUGCGUGAAAACGUUCCCCCCCCUUUUCCCUGGGAUUAAAGUGAGAAAAGAAUGUUGGUUAGAUCCAAAAGUGCAUGAAUUUGAUUCAAUAUAAUUAAAUAUAUUUUUUUUUCUUCUGUGUUUUUGCCUUCUCUGUACUUGAGCCUUAAUGCUGCACUGUUUUCAUGCAAUAUCCUUCAAACCGCAAUCAGUGAACAUCAGAUUUCAGCGCGUUUCCUGUAUCUGUCAGUUGUAAUACUGCUUUUAUAUAAUGUAGGUCUGGGUUUCAUUACGUUUUCACGGUUUUAUGCUGUGGUUCCUGAGAAUUCAUCAUAUUUAGAGUGGAGUCACACAGUAUUAAAAAAAAAUCAAAAUCAUUCUGGUACAUAGUUGAAACUGUUCUUACCCCAUUUUAUAGCGACAAAGUUUAUUAAAGCGGACCCCUGUCAGACCCCUUUUUUACGACACUCUGUAAAUAGUCCAGUAAGAUGUUUAUUCUUGUACAUAGAUUUGGAGCAGUGAUUCAAAAGUCUGUACCAAUUUUGUGCUCCAAAGCUUCAAUAAUUACAAUGACGUUGUCCUGUUGGUCUUACUAUGACAUGGGCACGUUUUCUUUCAUGCACUGCUAUGUUAUGUGAUUUUAUAAUGCUUUAAUUUGUAUGGUGAUGCAGACGUUUCACACACAAGUCAAUAAAUAAAGUGAACACAAAGUG